UAGGCAAAACACUUUAAUUUAAUUAAAUAUCCUUACAUUCCGUUCACCUACAAUACAAUUAUUCCUAAUUCACUCUGGCAACUGAAUGAACGAACUAACUUACACUCACUCACUUUCAAUCAAACACAACACAUCAACUAACACUACUUACAUAGCCUACACACAAACAGUUAAUAGAGCAAACAAAUGGCAACCAACUCAGGCCGCGGAAACCCCAUCGGCGCCCGCGACGGGCCGACGGUUAACGACGCCGUGCCGCCCGUAGCAGCAACCACUAAGGCGCACAUCCAUGACGUGGCAACAAUUACAACAACGCCAGGACCGCACAGUAACAGCAAUGACAACAACAGCAACAACGGCAGCAGCAAGAAGCUGUCGGGGUCGACGGGGACGCACGACGCGGGCCAGGACGUCGAGGGCAUGGUCCCCGGGGCGACGGUCCCGACCAAGGGCGAGGUUGAUCAUGGUGAUGAUGAUGUGAAGAAGUAGUAGGAUGUGCGUGCGAAACGAGAUGAGAUGAGACGAUGAGACGAUGAGACGUCGGCGGUGGACAGUCAGUAGUAAGCUAGCCAGCCAGGGGAAGCAGACAAGACAGACAGAAGACAGACAGACAGACAGACAGACAGACAGACAGACAGACAGUCAGUCGAGAUGGGUAGUUAAUUAGAGUUGGAAACAAACAGACAAACACACUAGGUACGAUACGUAGUUGCCAAAUGAACACAUGUUGAAACCCCCUCCCAACCAAAAAGGCAAUACACCUUGCUUUUCAACAACACAGGUACUACAGAUAUUAAAUUCCGACGAGGUAUCUGUUCGUGGUAUUCCGGUUAUACCACUAAUGGCUGGGUCCUGAAGCUUGCGUAGUAGUACUACUAAUGGUGGGGUUGUGAUUGUUCUCUAUAUUUCUG